UAAUAUUUAUAUUCCAAAAUAACAACAUUAAUUUGAUAUAAAUAACUAACUUAUUGUAGUAUAGUGCAUAAAUAUUGAAAUAUUUUGUCUCAUUUAUUAUAUAAACUUUAUGCCUAUAAUUUAACUUAUGUUUAGAUGCCAACGUAUAUUUACGACUAUGGUGGUGGAGGCGGCGGCAGUCGUGGUGGCGGAGGCGGCGGUCGUGGUGGCGGAGGCGGCGGUCGUGGUGGCGGAGGCGGCGGUCGUGGUGGUAGCGGCGGUGGUCGUGGUGGCGGUAAAGCCCCUAACAGAAAUAAAUGCAUAGUUUGUUUCAAGCGGGGGCAUACCGCCACACAAUGCCAUUACGCCAAGCGCGCCGCCGCAGCGGCCACGGAUGCUGCCGCUGAGGCUGCAAGUAGAGCAGCCAGGGCAGAGAAGGCCGCAGAAGCGGCCAUUGCUCUCGCAAAAAUUGAGGGAGGAGGCCGCCUGGCUGCUCAGCAGCAGCAGCAGCCGGAGCUGCAGCAGCAGCAACCGCCGCAGCAACCGGCAGCAACAAGCCACAGCAAGCAGCAACCGCAGCAACCGCCGCAGCAACCGCCGCAGCCUUAA